GAAGGAGGUAUAGCGCUUAAUUAAUCAGAAAACAACUUCGACAGCAAGCAUUAUUACGAUGAGUACUCAACUUGGUAAUGAUAACUCAAAAGUCACUACUGACGGCGAGGUCGAUUCCCCAGUGAUCAUUUUAAACGAGUUUAGAGAGAGAAGUAAGGAUGAGCAAGGUUUAACUCAGAAUGCAAACGCAAUCGCACUGAACACCGAUCAUGCAAGAAAGAUUUGUUUCAUUGCAAAGCUGCAACCUUUGUUCCUUCCUAUGAAGCUGUUUGGAUUGUUCAUCGACGAUAUAAUGGAUUAUGAGGGAGUGCCAAAUCGAAGCCGAGCUUCUGUAUUUGCAAAUCGUUUGUAUCAGUGCUUCGUUUUACUGGUGUUUUGGCUCAACUUUGGCAAGACUUUGGCUUCGUUUUGGGUCGAUAAAGACCACCGUCACGAUGACACCCUAGUCCUUGCAAUGAUGUUAUGGUUUCUGCAGACCGCUCUACAAGCUACGAUCUGUUUCUUCACUAUGCAAAUCACAUCCAAAAAGUCCGGUCUGAAAAGUUUGAUGUCAUAUUGGAAUUCUCAGCCGAACUUUGACGAAUUGGUAAUUGAGCCAUACAUGAUAAAGUCCAUCAAGCGAACACUGUUGGUCACAUAUUUCCUCAUGGCAUUAAAUUCAGUGUUCAACGCUUUAAUUGCUUUUCUUCCCUCUGAAUCCCUACAACUCCUUGCAAGAGCGCUAAUGUCCCCCCUCCCUAUCGACAACAUAGCAGUGAAGGUGCUUAGCUUUGUAGUUACUUUGUACUGCACAGCCGCCUGGCUGAUGCCGUUGGCUAUCUUUACAGCCGUUUGCCUGACUUUGACUCAUCAAUGCGGUCGUCUUAGAAAGGCUAUGCGCUUGACUGCGUCCGCCGAUAGACUACGGAGGGUGAUAAUUUUACGACGGCAGCACUCGUCGUUAUGUGGCUCUGUGAGAAAAGCGGAUAACUUAUUCAAGUUCUUAACACUUGUCGUUUACGUCACCAACAUUCCGCUGGUUUGCUUUCUGCUCUAUCAUUUGAUAUUCAUCAAGUAUAAUGACACGACCACGAUUUUGAUUUUAAGCUUUUGGUUUGCUAACGUUAUUGUUAUCAUGGUGGGCGUGUCUUUCCUGGGGGCAAGCAUAAACAACAAGAUUCAUUCCUUCACGGAGGUUGUUCAGAAAGUUCAAAUUUCCAACGUUGAUUUGGAUACACACACUGAGGUAUGCUUUUAAAAACCUACAAUCCUGGCACUUUACAAAAUGCCAACUGCAUGGUAAAGCAAUGUUUUGAAGUGGAAGUCAUUGUUCAAUUUUAUGAGCCCCCUCCACCCAAAGCAAUGUUGGAAUAGGGUGUCUACUUUGAAUGGAUCAGCCGCGGCAUCAUGUGUUGGGGAUGGGGAGGGGAAGGUGGACAGAAAGACCAUAUGUUGGCAAAAGUGCAGAGUGCACCGAGACUUAUGGUCAUGCAGGAUUGUAGCUAUGUUUUUUAAUGCGAUUCUUUAAGUCUGACCGAAUUCGCAAAAACAUGCCCACAUUGACUAAAAGACAGUCCCACCGGCCAGAAGUCAUCUGACCACCCCCCUCCCUGGCUAGGAGAUUGGCCCCUCACGCAUGCGUGUGGCAUGGACCACUCCAGCAGGGUCCCAUGUUAACAAGGUUAA